AUGAUGUUCCCCGGCCUCCUCGCGCCCCCCGCGGGGUAUCCCAGCCUCCUGCGACCCACGCCCACCUUAACACUGCCUCAGUCCCUUCAAUCCGCAUUUUCCGGUCACUCUAGUUUCCUUGUGGAAGAUUUGAUCCGCAUCAGUCGGCCACCCACCUACCUGCCCCGCAGCAUACCCCCUGCCAGCCUGUCACCCCCCAGGCAGGAGGCCCCCACAGUCCUCGCCGACUCGGGGACCUCGGACCUGGGUUCUCCGGGGCCCGGGAGCAGGCGUGGCAGCUCUCCACAGAAUGCCCUCUCCCCUGCCAGCGAGCCCACGUUUCUGAAGUUUGGGGUGAAUGCCAUCCUCUCUUCCGCUCCCAGAAGAGAAACGUCGCCGGCUUUGCUGCAGAGUCCCCCUCCCAAGACGUUCGCCUUUCCUUACUUCGAAGGCUCCUUCCAACCGUUCAUUAGAUCCUCCUAUUUCCCAGCGUCCUCCAGCGUCGUGCCAAUCCCUGGGACCUUCUCCUGGCCGCUGGCGGCUCGCGGUAAGCCUCGCAGGGGCAUGCUACGCAGAGCUGUGUUCUCCGACGUGCAGCGGAAAGCCCUGGAGAAGACGUUCCAGAAGCAGAAAUACAUUAGCAAGCCUGACCGGAAGAAGCUGGCCGCCAAGCUGGGCUUGAAGGACUCGCAGGUGAAAAUCUGGUUCCAGAAUCGACGCAUGAAGUGGCGGAACUCCAAGGAACGUGAGCUCCUGUCUAGCGGGGGCUGCCGAGAGCAGACCCUUCCCACAAAACUAAACCCUCAUCCAGACCUUAGCGACGUGGGCCAGAAGGGCCCUGGGGAUGAGGAAGAAGACAGCCCGGGUCCCUGCCUGGCCUACCAUGCUCCCCCUGACCCUCGACACCUGCUGGAAGGACCCCUGGCUGCCUCUCCUGCACACUCCAGCAGCCCGGGGAAACCCUCGGACUUCUCUGAUUCCGAUGAAGAUGAGGAGGGUGAGGAGGAUGAGGAAAUCACUGUGUCCUAG